CGAGUCACGGCAGCACCGGCGGCGCUUAUGGCGAACCUCUGCGGCAUUUCACUCAGCGUUGCGCUGAUUCUGGCGAUCCUGAACACUUCGGCAUCUGAAGGACAACAGAAGAAAAUCAGACAGAAGAGAGAAUGGAUAAUCCCACCACACAAACUAAAGGAAAAUGUCAAUUAUAUAAAUCAGGAUUACAUAGCCAAAAUCCGUUCAGAUGAGGAGACCAGGACGAGUAUAAAGUAUUCACUGACUGGAUCAGGUGCUGAUCAGCCGCCUGUCAACUUGUUCACUGUUGAUAGAGAGACCGGCUCGGUCAAGAUCCAUGGAGUGUUAGACAGAGAGAAAACUCCCGUUUAUUAUCUUCGAGGGGUGGCCAGGUUUCUGAACGGCAGUCAUGCUGAGAAAGAUAUUGAUUUGAGAAUCAUGGUGGAGGAUGAGAACGAUAAUGCUCCUGUGUUAAACCUGACAACCGGAGCUGUUUAUGAGCGGAGCGCAAGAGACACGUUUGCAAAGACCAUCACAGCAACAGAUGCAGAUCAGCAAGGAACUCUGCAUACAAAAAUCGCCUACAGCAUUGCUGAACAGCAUCCUGAUAACAUGUUCUACAUUAAUCGAGAGACCGGUGGGAUACACGUCAUGCACAACACGCUCGACAGAGAGAAACAAGACACAUACACGUUGAUUAUUAAAGGGACUGAUAUGAACGGAACUGCGAACGGAAAUACAGGAACAGGGACAGCUGUCAUCAAGAUUCUUGACGUCAAUGACAACAUGCCUACUUUGGAGAAAAACUUUUAUGAGUGCAGUGUGGAGGAAAACACUCGAAACGUGCAAGUGGUGAGAAUUGAAGUGACGGACGAGGAUCUGAUCUAUACUGAAAACUGGCUGGCUGUCUUUACAAUCGUGUCAGGAAACGAAGCCGGUUAUUUCUCCAUAAUCACAGACAACAAGACCAACGAAGGCAUCCUGAUUCUCAAUAAGUUGAGGGAGGAAUAUCUCACUUCUGUUACAGAUGCUCCGUCUAAAACUGCAACAGGAACCAUUGCCAUUCAAGUAAAGGACUUUAAUGACCACUGUCCUGUGCUGAGCCGUCAGUCUCAAACGCUGUGCUAUGAGGAUCACGUGGUUUAUGUCACGGCUGUGGACAAAGAUCAUUUCCCCAAUGGAUCACCCUUUGGUUUCAAAGUGGACACCAUAAGCACAAAGGAGUCAUGGAGCAUCGAACCUCUCAAUGACACUACAGCGAUAUUCAGAUCUCAAAAAACACUGUGGCCCGGCGUGUACCAUGUGUUUGUGGACGUGUGGGACCAGCAGGGGAAGAUCUGCGCUGCUCAGGAGCUUCAGGUAAACGUCUGCACGUGUGACGCUUCUAAAGGUUGCCUGCCCAGAAAAACCAGCUCUACGUUUGGAGCAUCUGGUGUCCUUCUGAUGCUGCUGGGACUGCUGCUGCUGCUCUGUGAGUAA